AUGGAGGAAUCGGAUGAAAAUAAUAGAGUCAGAUGGAACAACAGUGAAGUAGAUAAAUGUUUUCUCGAAGCGUGUAUCCAAGAAGUUGCUCUAAAUGGUAGAGAAGGAGGUAGUCUGAUGUCAGAAUCUUGGGCCACAAUUAUGAACACUUUGAAGAAAAAUCAUAACUUUGUUGUUUGUCAAAGACAAGUGAAGAAUCGAUAUGACUACUUAAAACAAAAGUAUCAAGCUUGGUUGCCGUUAACUAUGAAAACAAGCAAUAUUUACAAUCAUGCCACCAACACCAUCAACAUGACAAAGGAAGAGUGGACAGAGUAUAUAAAGGCUCAUCCUAAGGCAAAGAGUUUAAGACCUGCACCUCUACAUUAUCCUGAUCUUUGUAGAGCACUAUUCGACGGUGCCACUGCUACUGGUGUUCAUUCUUGGGGACCUAGUUCCCAAGAUCAAAAUCCUGGUGUUACCUCAUUUUCUUCGACCCCCGAUGUAAAUGGCUCACGGUCUGCCCCUGCUAUUCAUGUAGACGAGGCCCAUAUGAGGUAG